GCAUGACCACCGCCGCACCGGGGCUGGGUUUAAAGAACGGUCGGGCCGAGGGACGGAAGGCGAACGGUGUCGGUCGACUUCACUGCGGUCGGGGAGAUUCGUCGCCGCGAUGGAUGCGUCGGCGAGCCCGAGGCUGGAGCGGGAGCGGCACCUGCUCUUUCUAGAGAUGAUGGCGUUGGGGCUGCCGAAGGAGUACGAGUCGCAGGAGAUCAACCGCCUCACCCUCGCCUACUUCGCAAUCUCCGGCCUCAGCAUCCUCGAUGCCCUCGAUCGGGUUGACAAGGAUCAAGUAGCCAAUUGGGUUCUGUCCUUCCAAGCACAUCCAAGAAUGGUGGCUGACUUGGAUAGUGGAGAAUUUUACGGUUUUUGUGGAUCUAGAACUUCACAGUUCUCCACCAGUAUUUGUGAGGUUUCUAGACAGAAUUGUAGUCACUUAGCAAGUACUUACUGUGCUCUAGCCAUAUUGAAGAUGAUCGGCUACAAUUUGUCAAAUAUUAGUCCUGAAUCAAUUUUGAUUUCAAUGAGAAACCUUCAACAACCUGAUGGAAGCUUUAUGCCAAUUCAUUUUGGGGCAGAAACGGAUCUCCGCUUUGUGUACUGUGCUGCUGCCAUCUGUUCUAUGCUUAAUAAUUGGACUGGAAUGGACAAAGAAAAGGCUAAGGAUUAUAUAGUAAAGUGUCAGUCAUAUGAUGGUGGCUUUGGUUUAGUACCAGGUUCAGAGUCUCAUGGUGGUGCAACUUAUUGCGGAGUUGCAGCUCUCCAGCUAAUGGGUUUUAUUGGAGCAGAUAUCUGUUCUAAACAAGCACAGUCUGCAGUAAUUGAUGUGCCAUUGCUGGUAGAGUGGAGCUUAAAGAGGCAAUCAUUUGAUGGGGGCAUUCAAGGUAGAUGUAACAAGCCCAGUGACACAUGUUAUGCCUUUUGGGUUGGCGGGGUACUGAAGAUGCUAGGUGUUUACGAGUUCAUCGAUAAGGAUGCGCUGCAUGACUUCAUACUUUCUUGCCAGUCCAAGUACGGUGGCUUCACAAAGUUCCCAGAGAACAUGCUGCCUGACCUGUAUCAUUCAUACUAUAGUUUUGCUGCAUUGAGCUUGUUGGGGGAACCAGGACUUCGACCACUUUGUGUUGAACUGGGAAUCACUGCUUCGGAUGAUGGGCAUGGGAAAUGAGGGUCUUCUCCUGAAGCUGUUCUUUAGUUGUUGAAGGUGAUCUUUCAGUUGGAGAUGGCAAAGGCUACAUGCGUCACCUGUCGUUAGAAUUGGAUCAUGUUCCAGUAUUUAGGAUGGAGAAAGACUCCUUCAACACUUUCAUCCCAUUUGCCUGAGUGGUAAACUUUUAAGUUUAUGUUUUGUUUUAAUCAAGGUUAUCAAUUUCGGA